AUGAUUAUAUCAAGCAUCUUAAGAAAACGGGCAAAUUUACCCUUCAAAUGUGAUUCUUUCUUUCAGUUUGUUCAUGAUUCGUAUCCAGAUUAUAAAUUUGAAUUAUUGCAAGAUACUGAUCAAUUUUAUGAUAAGGGGGUGGUGAAAAAGGCAAAUUUCUUUAAAGAUCGUACCAGAGACUUAUUGAAAGAACGUAAAAAAAAUGAAGAAAUUCAAAUCAUUACUAAAAAUGAUAACAUAACGAUUAAUAAUGAUUUCUUAGCUAGAUGUCAACAAACUAAAAUUGCCGGCCAGAAAAUGGCUGAUACAAUCACUUUAAUGCGGAUCUAUGGGCAAUGUUUUAUCAAAAAUCAUCCAAAUAAUUUGAAUAAUGAUAUUCUAAAGUUUGGUAAUAAUCAAAAAUGGUUUGAUCAAUAUACUAAGACAUUGUUUUAUUACUUGAGUGAUAAAUUACCAACAUUUGAAAAUCAAAAGUAUAACCUCGACUUAUAUGGAGAUCAACUCCCUCUAUUCAAUGAAAAUAACCUAUUCGAAGGUGAAACAGUCUCUUAUCGUGAAAAUCAGCAUAACCUACUUCAAUUCUUGAAAGAAAACUCAAGUGGUAAAGGUAUCGCAAUAUCCGCCUCUACAAGAUUUACUAAAGACAUUAUUAAACUAAUCAGAGUGCUCCGGGCUUUGAAUAAUAAAUUACCAAUCCAGAUUAUCUAUAGAGGUGACUUGAAUCAACGUAGUAAAGAAUAUAUGAAAGCCGCUGCCCAAGCUGAUAUAGAGCAAUUGCUAGGUUUGGAAAUGUCCCCUGACGUUAAUUUAGUCUUACCUGAACUAAAUUUGAUUAAAACUGCUGAAAAAUUGGGCUCUACUUUCCCAAAACAAGAUAUUUGGUUUAUUAAUUUAUCUCCAACAAUUUCAAGAAGCCAUAAAUUCUAUUUUAGUGGUUAUACAAAUAAAGUUUUGGCUCUUUUAUUCACCACUUUUAAGGAUGUCUUGUUAUUGGAUGCUGAUGCUGUCCCCUUGGUUAAUCCAGAUGAUUUCUUCCAACUAGAAGAAUACAUGAAAAGCUCAGCUCUUUUCUUCAAAGACCGUACCUUAAGGGAUACUAAUGAUUUCAUCGAAACAAAUUUCUUCACUAAAUUAAUGCCGCUUGGGCAUGGUAACCCUUUGCAAAACCUCGAUCAAAUUUUUGGUAUAAAACAAAUUACUGAAAAAACUUUAAAUAAUCCUUAUAUGCGAGGUUGGAGACAUUUUCAAGAAGCUGGUAUUGUGGCAAUUAAUAAAGUCGAACAUUUUAUGGGUAUCUUGAUGACUUUACCUUUGAUCGUAUGGACUGAUCCAGUUAAAUCUUCAAUUUGGGGUGAUAAAGAAAUGUAUUGGUUGGGCUUAUCUAUGGCCGGUGACGAAAAUUAUGAAUUCAACAAAUAUCAUGCUGCAAGUGUUGGAGAAGCAACAAUUUCCAACGAUAAUAAAUAUUAUCCUGACUCUAAAACAAAUGAAGUAUGCUCAAGUCACCCAGGGCAUGUAAGCUCAAAGGGUGACUUAUUAUGGAUCAACUCGGGGUUCAGCUUUUGCAAAAAAAAUGGUUAUUUUAAAGAUCGUUUGCAUUUCCCCUUUUCUACCUUUGUAAAUAAUGAUUUACAAGCUAUUUACCAAAAUCCUUUACGUAUAAGGAAUGCUUUAAUACCACCCGCAACACCUCCUAUAAGAGGUUUGGGAAGUCCUCCUGAUGAUACAAAAGAAAGAGAGUUUAUAAACAGUUGGAAAAAAAGGAAAGAAGAUAUUGAUCAAAUAAAAGUGGCAGAAGAUGAUUCAAGACAAUUAAAACAGAUGAAUCCUCAAAAGGGUUGGGUUAAAAGUCCUAUUUGUAGCAAUUAUUACUAUUGUGCUUACGAUGAAGUUGAUCAAUAUGUACUACCAGAAGGCUAUGAGUUAGAAAGAUCCGUAAUUGAACAUGAAGGAAAGCUUUUCAGCUUUUCAGAUGAUCUCAAAGAAAAGUAUGAUUUUUUAGGUAAAAUUUGGGUCACUGGUAAUAGUAGGAAAGAGAAGGAAGAUGCUAGGAAAAAGGAAGAAGCUAAAAAGAACGAAGAAGCCAUGAAAAAAGAACAACAAGAAACUAAAUCAAAGCAAAUUGAAGGAUCUCAAAAUAUUGCACAAGAGACGAGUAUACCAAACGCAGAGGAAUCCAAAUCACCGAUAGAUAAAAUAUCUAACUUCAAAGUUAAUGAAGGUGACGAAACUAGCGAUACUUUUGACGAUCAUUUACAAAACGUUCCCGGUAAGUCUACUCUUCAACAUAUUGAUGUAAAUCUUCUACUAGAUAAUGCUGGCUUAGGGGAUACAGAUAUAGUAGAAGAAUUAAAAGAAAAUAGAAAACAAAACGGUUAAGUAUAAGUAUAUAUUACUUCUAUGAAAUAAUUUGUAUAUAUAAAGAAUAUUACGC